AUGGCAAAGCAUGCACCACCGCUGCUAUUGAUGCUUCUCCUACAUAUUGUGAGUUCAACAUUUCAGCCUGCUUUGGUGUUAGAGAUGGCCAAGAUUCUGAUGGAUAACUAUUGCUUCCCUGAGAAUCUGAUUGGGAUGCAAGAAGCCAUCCAACAGGCCAUCAGCAGUGGAGAAAUCUUGCAGAUUUCGGACAAGAAGACUCUGGCAGCUGUGCUCACUACUGGAGUACAAGGGGCACUGAACGAUCCAAGGUUGACUGUAUCAUACGAGCCAAAUUUUGUGCCAGCAGUGCCACCAAGGCUGCCAUCUCUCCCCAAAGAGCAGCUGACCAGGCUGGUGAGAAACUCUGUCAAGCUGGAUAUCCUUGAGAACGAUGUUGGGUAUUUGCGGAUUGAUCGGAUCAUUGGUAAAGAGACAAUGACAAAGCUUGGCUCUAGGUUGAGAGACAAUAUCUGGGACAGAGCUGCCGAAACUUCCUCACUGAUCCUUUACCUGAGGUAUAGCACAGCGGGAGAACUGUCUGGUGUUCCCAUUCUAAUAUCCUAUUUCUCAGACCCUAAGAACCUCAUUCAUAUUGAAACUGUGUAUGACAGGCCCUCGAAUACAACCAGGGAACUAUGGACCAUGCCAUCAAUAAGAGGGAGAAGGUUUGGGAGGAAGAAAGAUGUGAUUAUUUUGAGCAGUAGGCGUACAAUGGGCGCUGCUGAGGCAGUGGCAUAUAUAUUAAAGCACCUUAAGAGGGCGAUUAUUGUUGGUGAAAUAUCUGCUGGUGGGUCAGUAAGAAUCCAAAAGAUAAGGAUCGCUCAAACAGAGUUCUACAUAACGGUUCCUGUGGCAAGAUCAAUAAGUCCUAUCACAGGCCAGAGCUGGGAAGUUCAUGGAGUUUCCCCCACUGUCGACGUCAACGCCAAGGAAGCUGUCGCACAGGCCAAGUCCCUUCUCGGAAUAAGGAGAGCAAUUCCAAAAGUUAUGCAGAGUAUCUCUGACAUAAUUGGGAGGUUCUAUGCUUUCACAGACAGGGUUCCAAGUCUUCAGCAACAUCUUCAAUCUACAGACUUGUUCUCUGUGGUAUCUAAAGAGGACCUAGUUUACAGACUCAAUGAGGAACUCCAACCAGUGUCUGAAGAUCCAAGACUUAUCAUCAAAUACAAUCAAGAUGAUACUGCCAUAGUAGAGGAGGGCCCUGAGCUUUAUGAUGUACCUGAUCACAUGGAGUUAUUGAAUGAACUGGUGGACACAUUGUUCAAAGUGGAAAUCCUCCCAAAUAAUACUGGCUACCUCCGCUUUGAUAAGUUUGUCAAAUCGUCGACUUUGGCUCAACUUGAAGGGCUGAUGGCCAAAAAGGUAUGGGAGCCCCUCAGAGACACUGACAGUCUGAUUAUUGAUCUACGCUUUAACACUGGUGGAUCAUUUACCUCUCUAUCACUCAUAUUGUCCUACUUGCAGGACACUUCCCAAAAGCAUCACUUUUUCACAAUUUAUGACAGAAUUCAGAAUGUAUCAACAGAAUAUUUUACCUUGCCUCAAAUAACAGGCCCAACUUACGGCUCCACACGUGGGGUUUACGUUUUGACCAGCUACCACACAGCAGGUGCUGGAGAAGAGUUUGCUUACCUGAUACAGUCUUUACAUCGUGGCACAGUCAUUGGGGAAAUUACGUCCGGUAACCUAAUGCACUCAAAAACUUUCCCAAUAGAGGGGACAGACGUUAUCAUCACCGUCCCUUUCAUUAACUUUUUAGACAAUGACGGGGAAUGCUGGCUUGGAGGUGGUGUUGUCCCAGAUGCCAUUGUGCUGGCUGAGGAAGCUGUGGAACAUGUUCAUGAGAUUAUAGAUUUUCACCAAGGACUGCGAUCCCUCAUAGAGGGCACUGCAGAACUGUUUGAAAAUUAUUAUGCUGUCCAUGAGGUUGCACUUAAGGUUGGCAAGAAACUGUUGAGCCAAUCGGAAGAGGGAAUGUACCGGUCUGUGGUUGACUUUGAAUCUUUGGCAUCUCAGUUAACGGCAGACCUCCAAGAGACCACAGGUGAUCACCGCCUCCAUGUCUUCCACUGCAGUGUUGAGCCUGAGACAUUUCAUGACGUCCCAAAAAUACCUACUGCUGAAGAAGCGGGUUACAUGAUUGAUGCUUUGUUUAGAAUUGAGCUCCUACCGGGUCAUGUUGGCUAUUUAAGGUUUGACUUGAUGGCAGAUAUAGAGGUGGUGAAAGCCAUUGGGCCUCAGCUGACCAAAUUAGUGUGGAGCAAGAUAGUACACACGAAUGCUCUCAUAAUUGACAUGAGGUACAACACUGGUGGAUAUUCAACAGCAAUUCCCCUCUUGUGUACUUAUUUCUUCGAUGCUAAUCCCUUGCAGCAUCUCUAUACAGUCUUUGACCGCUCCACAAACACCAUGACAGAGGUAAUGACAUUACCUCAAGUGACAGGCCAAAGGUAUCCACCCUCCAAGGACGUCUACAUUCUCACCAGUCACAUGACAGGGUCAGCAGCCGAAGUGUUCACACAAGCUAUGAAAGAUCUUAAAAGGGCCACAAUAAUCGGUGAGUCAACAAUUGGAGGGUCUCUUUCAAGUGGAACUUAUCAGAUCGAGGACAGCGUUCUGUACGCUUCCAUCCCUAAUCAAGUUGUGUUAAGCGCAAUCACCGGAAAAAUGUGGAGCAUUUCAGGGGUCGAGCCUCACAUCACUGUCCAAGCCAGUGACGCUCUUUCUGCAGCACAAAGAAUCAUAGCAGCCAGGCUGCUGAGGAGAGAUCAGGGAAAGUAAUUCCUCAUGCU